GUUAAAACGUACGACUAGAAGCACAUCGGAAAAGCGACUCUAUUUUUUUUUUAUAAAAUUUUACACGCGUGACUGAGUAAAGCCUCGGACCCUGAAAAAAGAAAACGCAACACUACUGCCAUGUCACCUCAACAGUAGUUUCUACUUCAACUAUCCCCUCCUGUCACCUACAAAAGGGCUCGACUUGCAGCUGGUUUUCAAGUUAUUCCCUCAAACAAAGACAUUAAAGAGCUCAAAAGAAAGACCUUCUGUUUAUUAAAAAAAAAAACAAACUAGUUCUUAUUUUGUGGCUAACCUAGAAACCGGAGGAUGCUUGAACCAGAGAAGAUGACUCUUGGUGGUAGUGAGGCUCAGAUGAAUGAUUCCAAACCAGGUAUGGAAGAAACUGAAGCUGAAGCUGACGCUAAAGCCCCAAUGGACACAGAAACAGAAGCUGCUGAAGUGAAAGACCAAGAUCAAGUUGAAGAACCUAUCAAACUUGAAGAGGAUGGGAAAUUGCAGGCUCAGUUGGUUGGUGACAACCCAUACACUGUGGAACAACAAGCCGUUGCCGACCAAACCCACGGCAAUGAGGACACUAGCAAAACUCUCAAUGUUGUUGAUGCUGAUGGUCAAAAUGAAGAAAUUUUGAAGUUUGAGGAGAAUGAUGUUGCUGAAUUUAAGGAUGUUGAGGACAAAUCAUUGGCUGAAAUUGUUACCAAAAUAGAAGUUGUUGAACAUGAUGAUACCCCCAUUCAUUCACAUGAUAAUGGACUUUGUGGAAGCCCCAACUCUGACAUAAAACCCCAAGAUGAUGACAAUUGGGAGCGAAUAAAGGAUUUGUCUACAGAAAGAGAGAUUAAGAUGCAAGUGGCCAUGACAGAACUUGGUGACAAAAACACUAACCUAUGCUUUGACAACGCAGGGUCAGACACGGAGGAGGAUCAAGCAGCCUUUAUAAAGGAGGUUGAAGCUUUUUACAAGGAGAAGAACCUUGAAUUCAAGCACCCUAAGUUUUACAAAGAGGAUUUAAAUUUGCUCAAGUUAUGGAAGGCUGUUAUCAAAUUGGGGGGCUAUAAACAGGUGACCUCAUGCAAAUUGUGGAGGCAAGUGGGAGAAUCAUUUAAUCCUCCCAAGACCUGCACUACUGUAUCGUGGACGUUCCGUAUCUUUUAUGAGAAGGCAUUGCUUGAGUAUGAAAAGCAUAAAAUACAUGGUGGCACACUCCCUCACUCUGAUGCUUCCUUUAUAGAGCCUAAUGUGGUUGAAAGUCAGGCUGGUAGUAAUCAAACUCCUGGGUCAGGUAGGGCAAAGAGGGAUGCUGCUGCUCGUGCGAUGCAGAGCUGGCAUUCUCAGCGUGUUCUUGAUAAUGGUGAGGUGUGUCAUCCAAUCAUUAAGGACAAGAGCUCUAUUCCUACACCCAAAAGUGACAGACAACUUAAAAAUUAUGGUUUAUUAAAGCGUAAAAAGCCAUCCACUCUGGAGCAUGGUGUCCAAGUUUCUGCAUUUAAAGAAACAAAACCACAGUUGGAUACAAUGGUUAUCAAUAUUGGAGCCCCAGCUGAUUGGGUGAAGAUUAAUGUGCAAAAAACUGUUAGUCUUUCUCAUCUGUUAUUCUUAGAACAGUGUGCCAUAUCGCUAUUAUCUAUGAAUCUCUCUCUCUCCUUCUCACAGAUUGACUGCUAUGAGGUAUAUGCUUUGGUUCCUGGGCUUCUGCGUGAGGAGGUGCAUGUUCAGUCUGAUCCAGCAGGACGCUUGGUUAUAUCUGGUCAACCAAAGCAACUGGAUAAUCCUUGGGGUGUCACACCCUUUAAAAAGGUUGUCAACCUACCAUCUAGAAUUGAUCCGAGUCAGACUUCUGCUGUAGUUACCCUGCAUGGUCAGUUGUUUGUGCGGGUCCCAUUCGAGCUGCCUGAUGUAUAGGUUGUAGUUUUUACCUUCUAAAUAUGUAGAGAUUUCUCUAGUUUGAAAUCUAUCUGACAUCUAAUUCUGCAAUGCACAUAUUUAUUGAGUAGUUUAUGCUCACAGCUGAUAUGAAUAUGAGUGGAGCUUGGAUUGUGUUCCAUUGCAUGACCAGAUUGACAGCAACAAUGGCAAGGGAAAUGCCAUCUUGCAUGAUCUUCCUUGAAAUAUUGUUAAUAGAUUCAUCUGAUUUAGAUUUGGUUUUGUAGAAAGGAGGGAAAGAAAGAAAAAAAAAUGUUAAAUUGAAUUCGAUUUUUGUUAUUUGAAAGGAUCUAAUCCAAAAUGAUUCGCUCUCCUUUCAAGUGCCACCUCUGAUAUGGUAAACUUUCCCCAACUCUGAAAUUUUACGGGUAGUGGACUACGAUCAAAUCUGCGUGGGUGAGAUAUAGUGUGCGUGCAGAAUUCUGACUACUUAUCCUUGGACUUCUUACC